CUGGAUUCGAACGGAGAUAUCGCCUCCGUUCACCGGCGACCAAAUGGGUUAUCGGACUGGGGCCGGGUCGCUCCGGGUAGGCCCAAGAGGGAGACGGUCGUGACCGGCCGGAAAUUCGGGUCCUGCGUCGACGCCGGGAUCGCCUCCGUGAGGGAGAAGUUAAUGUUCGAUCUCCAGACGGCUGCGGAUCAGAUGAAAGACGCGAUUUUCCGGGAGGGUUUGAAGGAGGAAGAGGAAGAGAAACCCGCCGCCGCCGCCGCUCACCCGAAUAAGCCCUGGAGCUUGCGGACUCGCCGGACCACCGUCGGAUCGACCCAGAACGUUUCCCCAUUGAGAGGCGGCGAAAACGCAUCUCCGGCACUUCCGGUCGGCGAGAAGCGCGAGCGAGUGAAACUAUCUGUUCCGCUAGCUCGCCCAGAGAUCGAGGAAGAUUUCAUGGCCAUGGUCGGUCACAGACCCGCCCGCCGCCCCAAGAAACGAUCUAAAUUGGUCCAGAAAAAUUUGGAUACUCUCUUUCCGGGAUUAUGGCUGAAGGAAAUCACAGCUGAUUUAUACAAAGUCUCUGAUGAUCAAUAGAAUAUGAACAGGUUGAUUUGGUGACAGGAAAUGGAAGAACUUUAACAACCCAACUAAUAUAUAGUGAGAUUUAAU